CGCUGCACCUGGGCUCUGGGGGCUGAAGGAGAAAGUGAGACUCUUAAGUUCGAAAACGUAUGGGUGGCCAGGAGUACCUGCUGGGGGAAAGAAUGGAAGAUUAGAUAAAGAGAGUGCCGCGGUUCCCCCCGCUUCUGGCACGGAUCCUCGCGCCCGGUUGUGGAGCGUCGCGCGCGGGGAGGGGGCGGGCGGAGGGCAGCGGCGGCUCGCGGUGUUGUUCGCUCGCGCAUCGAACACACCGUGGGUCCGGCGACCGGCAGGCGCCCUAGGCGGCAUUCCCGGUGGCCCUGCGCUUCAGCCGCUGCCCAAGCGGGUUCCGCCCGGGAGCCCGACGCUCCUGUGGGCUGCAGGUGGAGUCCCCGAGCUGAGCGGGACCGGCGGCCGCCGCCAAAGCAUGAAGAAGGGGUAAGGCUAGAGCCCCCCACGAUUUCACGGUGAACUGGCACAGAGAUUGAUCUCAAGAUGCCAUUAGUGAAAAGAAACAUCGAUCCUAGGCACUUGUGCCACACAGCACUGCCUAGAGGCAUUAAGAAUGAACUGGAAUGUGUAACCAAUAUUUCUUUGGCAAAUAUAAUUAGACAGCUAAGUAGCCUAAGUAAAUAUGCUGAAGAUAUAUUUGGAGAAUUAUUUAAUGAAGCACAUAGUUUUUCCUUCAGAGUUAACUCAUUGCAGGAACGUGUGGACCGUUUAUCUGUUAGUGUUACACAGCUUGACCCUAAAGAAGAAGAAUUGUCUUUGCAAGACAUAACAAUGAGAAAAGCCUUUCGAAGUUCUACAAUUCAAGAUCAGCAGCUUUUUGACCGCAAGACUUUACCUAUUCCAUUACAAGAGACAUAUGAUGUUUGUGAACAACCUCCACCUCUCAACAUACUCACUCCUUAUAGAGAUGAUGGUAAAGAAGGUUUGAAGUUUUAUACCAAUCCUUCAUAUUUCUUUGAUCUGUGGAAAGAAAAAAUGUUGCAGGACACAGAGGACAAGAGGAAGGAAAAGAGGAAACAGAAGCAGAAAAAUCUAGAUCGUCCUCAUGAACCAGAAAAAGUGCCAAGAGCACCUCAUGACAGGAGGAGAGAAUGGCAGAAGCUGGCCCAAGGUCCAGAGCUGGCUGAAGAUGAUGCUAAUCUCUUACAUAAGCAUAUUGAAGUUGCUAAUGGCCCAGCCUCUCAUUUUGAAACAAGACCUCAGACAUAUGUGGAUCAUAUGGAUGGAUCUUAUUCACUUUCUGCCUUGCCAUUUAGUCAGAUGAGUGAGCUUCUGACUAGAGCUGAGGAAAGGGUCUUAGUUAGACCACAUGAACCACCUCCACCUCCACCCAUGCAUGGAACAGGAGAUGCAAAACCCAUACCCACCUGUAUCAGUUCUGCUACAGGUUUGAUAGAAAAUCGCCCUCAGUCACCAGCCACAGGCAGAACACCUGUGUUUGUGAGCCCUACUCCCCCACCUCCUCCACCACCUCUUCCAUCUGCCUUGUCAACUUCUUCAUUAAGAGCUUCAAUGACUUCAACUCCUCCCCCUCCAGUACCUCCCCCACCUCCACCUCCAACCACUGCUUUGCAAGCUCCAGCUGUACCACCACCUCCAGCUCCUCUUCAGAUUGCCCCUGGAGUUCUUCACCCAGCUCCUCCUCCAAUCGCACCUCCUCUAGUACAGCCCUCUCCACCAGUAGCUAGAGCUGCCCCAGUUUGUGAGACUGUACCAGUUCAUCCACUCCCACAAGGUGAAGUCCAGGGGCUGCCUCCACCCCCACCACCGCCUCCUCUGCCUCCACCUGGCAUUCGACCAUCAUCACCUGUCACAGUUGCAGCUCUUGCUCAUCCUCCCUCUGGGCUACAUCCAACACCAUCUACUGCCCCAGGUCCCCAUGUUCCAUUAAUGCCUCCAUCUCCUCCAUCACAAGUUAUACCUGCUUCUGAGCCAAAGCGUCAUCCAUCAACCCUACCUGUAAUCAGUGACGCAAGGAGUGUACUACUGGAAGCAAUACGAAAAGGUAUUCAGCUACGCAAAGUAGAAGAACAGCGUGAACAGGAAGCUAAGCAUGAACGCAUUGAAAAUGAUGUUGCCACCAUCCUGUCUCGCCGUAUUGCUGUGGAAUAUAGUGAUUCAGAAGAUGAUUCAGAAUUUGAUGAAGUAGAUUGGUUGGAAUAAGAAAAAUGCAUUGAUAAAUAUUACAAAACUGAAUGCAAAUGUCCUUUGUGGUGCUUGUUCUUUGAAAAUGUUUGGUCAUUAUAGUGUUUUGCUUUCUAUUCCUUAUAAUAAAUAACCUUUUUCCUCCAUAAUUUUUGAUUUUGAAGAAAAGUAUUAGCAUACAUUUCAAACUAAAUAUUUUACAGUGGUUUAUCUUUUUUUUUUUUUUUUCCCUGAAAAGACAUAAUUUGGUCCAACAACCACUAAGUAUUAAGCAUGGGCAGCUGUUGUUAGAGUAGCAGAUUCAGUUUUUUGAUAUAUCUUAAUUGUGCACUUCGUGAAUUUUAAUUUAAAGAAAGCGAAUGAGAUUGAAAUCUUGAGGGCAGCUGUAAUGUUAAUGAGCCUUAUUCCAUUUCCUGAUGUUUUAAAAGAAGAAACACUGCCUUGAUUAUAUGAAUACACUCAGAAAGUACAUUUAGCUUGUAGUGUUGAAUUCUCUUAAAGGAAUGCUUAAAUUUUUUAUUAUUAUUUUAUUGUUUUAAAUACUUGCCUUAUUUGAAUGUUUAGCAGUACUCCUUUCCCACUUAUAUAUUGUGUGAUACAAUUUUGCUUGCCUAUAGGAGUUUAAAAAUUUUCCAUGUGAAAUACUCUGAAUUAAACAUACAUGUAACUUACAUAACUGUUAACAAUAACAGUCUGAUUUAAUAAAUGGUUCAUUUUAAAGGUUCAUGGGUGUUGCUCUUUGAAUAAAACUGCUUCUGACCACUUAUCAAAAACUCCAAAGUAGCUUUAAGUACUACAAAGCUGGGCGAUGGCACAUGUCUAUAAUCCCAGCAAUUUAGGAGACCAAGGCAAAAGGGGACUGCAUUUGGGGCCAACCUCACAACUUAACAAGACCCUGGCUCAACAUAAAAUUUUAAAAGGCUAGGGAUGUGUUAGUGGUAGAGUGCCCCUGGAUUCAAUCUCCUUUAUUAAUAAUAAAUAAUAAAUGAAAAUUUAAAAAACUACUUCAGCAAUAUAAUUUUCUGUUGUACAUAUUCAUAUUGUCUAGUAGCUUUUAUGUCAUUUUUUUAGGUUAAAAAAUCUAUAUUUUCCGACUU